AUGAUGUCAAAGCAAACACGCCGCUGCUGCAACUCCAAACCCCCAGCAGCCACCACUCCCAUCAAGUCCCUCCAUGUGGUGUUGGGCAAGACCACCGACCUCCGGUCCUUGACCCAUGAGUACAGGCAUCACACAUCCUACCUCGUGGAAGAACUCUUUAUUGAACCCUCCUGUUCCUACAGCUUUGGGCUUGCACCCACAGUGUCAGAACCUGAUUGGGAUCGUCAUCUCACUGAAGCCCGCCGCCUCUUUCGAGCAUUGGGCGACUUUCCCCAGCUCAAAAAGAUCCACAUCAAGUGCUUGGGGGCUUCGGGAUGUGGAUUUCCCCUGGAGCUCUUGACCGCUCUGUUGAUCAAUCCCAUGCGAGAAAUGUACCUCCAAGAGCUGGUGCUCGAGCAGUGCCAGUUUUCCUCCCAAGACGACUACGACCACGACCGCACGGAUUUGGUGCUAGCGGUCCGGUUUCUGAACAACUUGAAGCGCUUGGAAUGUGACGAACGGGCGUUCCGGUUCCCGGGGGCGGGGGGCAUGUGGGAGGAGGACGACCAGGAUGUGCAGGACCGACAUGGUGGUUGCUGCAAUGCGCAAUUCAUUCAAACCAUCAUGGAAUUGCCUCGUUUACAAGACCUCAAGUUUGCCGCACCUCACAACUCCUCGGUGUGCAAGUUGGACAGUGCUGCUCUGGAAACCUUUGUGACAUCCUCUCGGUCCUUGUCCCUCAAAAACUUUCAGUUGGACUCGUCCUCCCUGGCUGCCUUGGCCAUGGCAAUGGAGAGUCCCGCCUGCUGCCUGGACAGUCUUGACCUCGAUAUCAGCCAUGCCUGGGCAGCUGUCAAUGAUCUCUUUCAAGCUUUUGCUUCCAACACCAGCCUCACCAACCUGGAACUAUGGGUGUCGGACAUGGCAUCCUGGAAGGAACACCAAUGCUCCAUCGUGUUGGCCAAUGCCUUGGUCCAGAACACACACUUGAAGAGCCUCAAACUUCGCGGCUUGAAGCCAUUCUCUGAGGACAGUAUCGCGGCCUUUUGCAAGAUAUUGGAAGCCAAUGACACGCUGACAGAGAUCGAACUAUUUGGUGCUUCCGGUGAACGCUUGGCUCCGGCCAUUGAGUUUUAUACCACACUGAAUGCCAAGGAUGGAGGAAGGAAGCAAAAGCUGCAAGACAUGUCCAACUACUCCAUGUCCCAAUGGAUGCAAGUGCUCGGUGACACAAACACCAGAACCUCCAGGAUGACAGAUGAUGGUGGCAUGCACAACUUGGAGGGCCUCUACUUUUGGCUCCGUCGAAAUCCUUCCGUCAUCACCUCCGUGGAUUCAUCAUCAUCAUCACAAGAGAACGUCAGCAAGAACGACGAGCUCAUCUAUGUGGACUGCUAA